AUGGAUCCGGAUGCAGGUGCAGGAGAUGAGGGGGAGGCCCUGUGGAUGCUCACAGAGGCCCUAGAUAUCCACAGGCAGCAACAGCAACAGCAACAGAAGCAGCAGCAGCAGCAACAACAACAACAACAGCAGGACGAUUCAAGGCAAAGGGGCGGGGAGCCAUCCCUUCAAGAUUAUGAGCAGGCACAGCAGCAGCAGCAAGACCUGCGGGACGAGCAGCAGCAGCAGCUCCAGCAGCUGGACUGGCAGCCGCAGCAACCGCAGCAGCAGCUGUUGCACCUACAGCAGCAAUUGCAACAGCAGCUACAGCAGCAGCAGAGUGCCGAUGAUAACCUUGGGGCCCUAGGGGAGCUAGAAAGGCGGUUGCGUUCUUUGGGCGUAUUUGCAGGGCAGCAGCUGCGGGCAGUGCAGCAGCAGCAGCAACAGCAACAGCAGCAGCGGGAGCAGCAGCUGCGUCAACAGGUGCAGCAAGAUGAAAUGCAACAGAAGUUGCAGCAGAAACUACAGCAGCAGCUUCAGCAGCAACUACUGCUGCAGCAACACGAAAGAGCUGCUGCUGCUGCUGUUGCCACAACUCCUCCUGGGUUCGAGGACCUCUCCCAUAAUUUUGCGGCAGUCGGCCGUCUUCCGCUGCACCAACAACAACAACAACAACAGCAGCAGCAGCAGCACACGCAGGGGGAUGCGAGGCUUCUGCAGCUCAAGCAGAAACAAGUCCAACAGCAACUGCUGCUGCUGCAACAGCAGCAGAAGCUGCAGCAGCAGCAGCAAAGGGUCACCGGCGAAGGACGCCGCCACGAAGCGCAGCAGCAGUGGCUGGCCGAAGAUUCUGAGCUGCAGCAGCAGGUGUUGCAUCAGCAGCUUCUGCAGCAGCAGGUGUUGCAGCAACAGAUUUUGCAGCAGCAGGUGCUGCAACAACAGGUGGUGCAGCAGCAGCUUCUGCAGCAGCAGCAGGUGAGGCAGAAGAACCAGCAGCAACGCCAGUUACAGCAGCAACAGCACCUCUUGGAGGUACAGCAGCUGCCCCAGCGUACGCAACAGCAGCAGCAGCAACAGCAGCAACAGCAGGGCUCCAUACUGUCGACACUUGUAGAUCUUCAAGCCGCUGCUGCCUCCAGACAGCAGCAGCAGCAGCAGCGACUGCACCAAGGUUUGGUAGGUGAUGGUUGUGCCUUAAACCCCGAUGCUGCUGAAUUUGUGCCCGCAUGUCUGCAGCGGCAGCAGCAGCUGCUGCAGCGAUGCCGCAGCGAGAACGCAGCAACAGCAGCAACAAUAGCUGAAGCAGCAACAACAGCAGCACGGAGCCCAGUGCAGCAGCUACUCACAGUUGCGGAACCAGCUUGGGAAGAUAUGACUGUCAUACAUUCGCUGGACAGCAACAACAGCAUCAGCAGCAGCAGCAGCAUCAAGAGCAGCAGCUGCAGCGAUGCUGCCCAGUAUACGGGUUGCGCCUGUGGCUCUAUAUUCCGUUUGCAGCAGAGAGACAACCACUUUUGUGUCUCCAAGUUGGAAGCAGUUUCUUCUUCGGAGGCUAUGUGGGUACCGCUGAAGGUUAAAGGAGGCAGCGCUCCCUCUAUGCACAGCGCCGUCUUCCUUGCUGCAAGUAUGGCAACAGCAGCAGCGACGGCUGCUGCUGCUGCAGCAGCAGCAGCAAAACCAUCUGCAGCGUCUAUUUCUGAAGGUAUCGUUGCCACCAGCAAUGACGAGGGCAGCAGCUGCGCCUCAGAUACGCAUUGCCCAGGUGUCACUGCUGCUUCUGAAUCUGAAAAAGCAGCAGCAGCAGCAGCAGAGGCAAGUACUGCUGCUGCAGACGAAGACCUUGUCCCCGGUGCACCAUCUCCACUUGUGGAGCAACAGCAGCAACAGCAACAUGACGAGGAGCAAACAAACGAGAGACAAAAAGCAGAGCACGAUGCCGAUAAAACACUCAGCAGCAGCAGUGGUGGUGGAAGCAGCAGCAGCAGCAGCAACACCAGCACCGGCAACAGCAGCAGACCCCAUGAGUGUCGUCUGGCAGUGUUUUCAGGAAUUGAUGCGAGGGGAAAUUUACGAGACAAGGAGAUAUUCUUCUUCCAUGUUGGGACGGGGCUGUGGGAGCGGCAGGAGCUGCAUGUGGAUAUCUGCGCAGAGCAGCAGCAGGGAGAGGAGGAAGAUUCGGAGCAGGCAUUGCUGCAGCAACAGCCGGCGAGUCAAACUUGGGUCUUCAACUCCUUGGACUCAUUCUUCUGCUUCUGUUCCGUUUCCUCUGCUGGUGGUAAAGGCAGAGAGAACCGCUUGCUUGAGUUAAACCUUAAGACCCUCACUGUAGAGCUGCUGUACACCUCGGCAGCAGCAGCAGCAGCACCAGGCUCUCCUUUGCAGCAGCAGCACCAGCGGCUGGAGAAGCAGCAGGAGCCGACGAUUAGGGAGGAUCCCUGUGUUGCGGCAUCGAAAGACAACACAUUGUUGUACUUGUUUGGGGGAAGAGAGUGUAGCGAUAGACAGCAACAAGGCUGCUCUUUAUUGGAUGAUUUGUGGUGCUUUGAUCUACAAGAUAAACGAUGGAAAUUUCUGAAGAGCAGCAGUAGCAGCAGCAGCGCGGCGUCUUGCAUGUCUCUUGCGAGUCGCCAGUGGAUAUCUGUCUCCCUUCCGAGUUGCCUCUCUGCUGUAGCAGCAGCAACAGAUUGCGGUGCUGGCGGAGCAGCUUUAGAUACUGUUACUGCUGUUUGCACCUAUGAUCACCUUUACAUUUUCGUAGACCCGAAGCAGCCGCAACAUCAGCAGCAGCACGACCGCCGGCCACAGCAGCAGUAUUCAGCAACAGCAGCAGACGCUGCUGAUAAGGGACUGCAAGACAACCUCAGCACCAGUUCGGAAGUACAGGCUGAGAGCACAGCGGCAGCAACAGCAGCAGCAACAGCAGAAAGCAGGGUGCUUCGCCUUUCCCUUGCUUCUCUGGAGGAGUCCCUUGUUGCCUCCCCCAACACCAAUGCAACAGCAGCUGGAACUGCUGCAGCAGCAGCAGAAGCAGUUGCUGCUGCUGCUGCUGCUGUUGCACUUGAAGAGGACAUUGAAGACGCAGUGACAGAAACGGCGCAGGAUCAGGAGCAGCAAGAGCGCCAGCAGCAGCAGCAACAUCAGAUGCUGCUGCACAUGCUGCAGCAACAGACACGGCAGCUUGGGUUACAGCAGCUUUCGAAUGGUGUUGCCGCUGCAGAUGUAUCUGGUGGGGACUUGCAUCAGGCUCAGGUGCAGCAGCUGCAGCAACAAGUGCAGCAACUGCAGCGGGAGUUAGGAGGUUUGAAAAGUGAAAGGACUUUGCUUCGGCAACAGCUACAGCAGCGCGAAGGCAUUCUGUCUGCCUUAUCUUUAAAGGCCACUGCGGUGCUGCAACAACUGCGCGAGGAACGCAGCGCAAGGGAAUUGCAGCAGCAGCAGCACGAGCAGCAGCAACAACUCCUGCUGCAGCAACUCCGGGCUAGAGAUGCGCUUCUGCAGCAACAGAAAGAGAAGGUGGAGACGUUUGCUGCAACGGCGCAGCAGGUGCGGCAGUGUUUGCUGCUGUUGCUACGGCAGAAAGAACUGCAUACCGCUCAAGCCGGUAGCACUGAGGUGGACGGAGGAGGCAGAGUCUCCAGUGAAGAGCAGCUGCAGCUCCAGCAGCAGCUGCAACAGCAACUGCAACAGCAAUUGCAGCAGCAUCUACAACAGCAAUUACAGCAGCAUUUGCAGCUGCAACAGCAGCAGCAACGCCAGCAGCAACCGCAAGCUAUAGACCUUCUGCAGCAGCACACGACUGACCUUCACCAGCAGCAACAACAGCAGCACCAGCCUCAGCAAAAACUGCAGCAGCAACAGUUGAAGCAACAACAUCAUUUGCUGCAGCAACAGCAGCUGCAACAACAGCAGCUGCAACAACAACAGUUGCAACAACAACAGUUGCAGCAACAACAGCUGCAGCAACAGCAACUGCAGCAACAACAGCUGCAGCAACAGCAGCUCCAGCAGCAACAGUUGCAACAACAACAGCUGCAGCAACAGCAGCUCCAACCGCAGCAGCACCAAGCAGAACAUGCAUCGCAGCAGCAGGCGCGGACAAAUGUGUGGGCAGCCUUCCCCCCCGCAGCAGCAGCAGCAGCUGCUGCUGCUGUUAGUAAUCCUUCCGCGCCAGCACCUCCCGCAAGACAUCGCAGGAGGCCUCUCGGCAACGCAUCCCGCGGCGGUGUGCAGCAGCAGCUGCAGCAACAGCAGCAGCAGCAACCGCAUCGACGGCACCGCAACCCGCUGGCAUAG